CAGGAAACAUGGUCCUCCGAGUUGGCUAUGUCCGGGAGCAUUUCUCGUCCCCUCUCCUCCAAUUCGCAGAGGCAGAUAACGGCAAGACCUGCACUCUUGUUGAGUGUCCUAGUGGAACCGGACAGCUUAUCGCACGACUUGCUGAGGAUCAAAUUGACGUCGCAAUCGCAUUAACUGACCCGCUCAUUGCGGGUAUCGCUCGCGGUUCGUCCGCAUAUAAGCUUAUCGGAAGCUACGUCACAACUCCACUCAACUGGGCGGUGAUUACUGGAAAGGACUUGAAGUACAACUCGAUACUGGACCUCAAGGACACGACAGUGGGUAUCUCUAGGCCCGGGAGUGGGAGCCAAACGAUGGCCCAAGUAAUGGCACUUCAGCAAGGUUGGGACCCAGAAUCCCUUGACUUUAAAGUGAACAAUGAUAUCCACGGCUUAAUCGCGUCAGUAAACGAUGGUAGCACAUCUGCGUUUAUGUGGGAAUGGUUCACCACGAAACCAUUCCGCGAUAGCGGCGCAGUGCGCUUUGUUGGGAGUGUUCCAACACCCUGGCCGUCCUGGCUCAUCGCUGCUCACCCAUCCCCGACACGUGCUCCUCCUGCCGCACUUCGAGAUUUCCUCUCUUCUCUCUCUUCUUAUGUCAACGCUUUCUCUACUCCUGAAGCUCGAUCUGGUCCAAGUGUGGAGUACAUUAAAGAGAAAUUUGGAUAUGAGGAGGAAGACAUCAAGGAUUGGCUGGAGACUGUUGCGUAUCCUGAGGAUUGUGCCGUGAUUCCGGAGAAAGUCGUUAUGGAUACAAGCGUGACACUUGUAAAAGCGGGCGUGAUGCACAAACCCGAUUAUGGCUACGACAUCGAUGACUUUGUCAACACGCAAGUGUGCAAGCUGAAACUCAUCUCUGAGGAGCACGGCCAACAUGACGAGGAUGCCGAAUACACAGCCACGGACUCGGAUUCUGAAGGCUAGUCCCCUUCGGGAGCUCUAUACACAAAUCCGUUCAACUGGGUUGUUGAAAGGAAUUCAUGAAACAUGAUCGAACGACUCAUCAGAGUCGUGUAUGAUUAAUGCUAUUACGAAAUGAAGAUCAUGAUGGCCAGUAUGCGAAAAUGUACAUUGGGAAAGGGUAAUUAAUACAAUACAUGAUUUACAAAGAAUACAGCAAGACCCAAACGAAAUAAAGAAGAGACAAACAGACAUUAAUGCAGCACUGAAGCGACGGUGACUGAAUAGCAUAGAGUAACAGGAGACAGGAGUAUUCAUUUCGAUGAUGAAGCACCUAGCGCUUCGGGGUCUGUUUCCCGAUCUGUUUGAGUUCAGAUUUCUUCGCCGCUCGCUCGCGAUCAUCAACCAUCUUCGCACGUCUCAGCUCCUCAGCCUCACGCGUCUUGACGGCCAAGUCCGCUGUCGUCCUUUGUGCAUGUGUACGCGCAGCUUCAAGCGCCUCCGUCCGAGCAUGUAAGUCCGCUUCAGCUUGUUCAUACUGGGCUUUGGCGGCAAGAUAACUAGUUUGUAACUUGUAUUCACGUGCGGAGGCUUUGCUGUGUUGUGCAAGAACCUUUGAUUCAUCUUUCGAGGCUUGCUUCUGCACUUGUUGUAGCUUGGCGAAUUCUUUGAGGAAAGCGGAGAGGUUGGCGUCCUGAACCUUUCCUUCGGCUUUGAUUACUUUGAGGAGACGCUUUGCGUCCUUCUGUUCGGCUUUGGCGAUUUUCUUCUUUGCCUCUGGAGAAAUCAGACUUUCAGCUGUUGCAGUACGUUGGUGUUGUGAUAUAUCUUCAUCUGGAACGGCAUCUGGGCUAGUGAUUGCUGCGCCAUUUGCAAAGGCCCCAGUAACAUGGUGCUCUUUUUCGCCAGACGUCCGUGUCUGAGAAUCGGACGGAGGCUGAGCAGGUCCACCUGUUUUAACUGCGGUUCCGAAGGUCUCAUUCUGCUCAUCGUAUGCAGGACUUGGUUGGUCCUCAUGUGCCGUAGGUUCCUUUUCUUUCUCGUGUUUCACAUCUUGUGGUGCCCUGAAAGAUACGAUCGACCGUUGCUCCUUGGUGUCUGAACCCGGUGCGUACCCGCUAUCUCUUACACUUCCACCAGUGGCACCACGGUUCUUCUCACUGUGUUCUCUGGGUGACGAAGUAGGGUUGGUAGGGGAGGUAGUGGUGAUUCUUGGCUUCUCGUCUGCGUUGGCGAGUAUCCCUCCAUCAGCAGGCUCGCGAGGUUCAAGUGCACCGGUUGCGACUGACGGUUUUCUAGUCACGUCCGCACUAGAUACCGCGGUCGCUCCUUUGCCAGUCCCGGGAUUUGCCGCUCGACUGUCGCCUGUGGGAGGACCAGCAUGAGCGACGUGUUCAGUGCUUGCGUCAUUCGCGUCGUAAUACACACAUUUCUCCGAGACAGGAGUAGCUGCCGGUUCUCGCAUGCCCGAGUGCGGUGCUAGAGUCGCAGACAUUAGUUAUACCGCUGAUUAGAAACUGUAGAUGUCGUAGUAUUCGAGCAGCGCAAGUGAGUGGAGGGGAUGAGGACGG